UUUGGAAUCUCCUACACUUUAGCUGUAUACGGAACUUGUGUUUGUGGGAUCCACGUAUCGCCACGUAAGAAUCUGUCGCCAGUGUAUAAAAGAGCAUCUUGGGGCGUUAGUUUCUUAAUUCCGGGCCAUUUAACUCUUUGGGCCUGAUUCGAUCCAGGCCCAGUAUUCAUAUGCUCGGCGUAGUAUAGCGUCUUGAGCGCAAAAUCUCCACUCCAGGGAAGCCAUCCCGCCGGAUCGAUGACGUCAUCGAUCGUCGUUUUCAUAAUGAUUGUCCUCGAGAACUCCUUCCACGGUCUUCCUAAGUAAGCUUUAUUCACAGAUUUCAUCGGAAUAUACGCUGGAUCUCCCGUUAUAUGGCAGCCAUGGAGCACCAAUCCUGUCGAUUCACGGACGUUACUUCGUCCCUGAGCUGUAACCAUACACGUUUGACCUUUGUUAGGUUUUCGGACGACGAUUUUACAGUUCUGGAGGAUGCAUUUCGCGUCUCCGAAGAUGAAAUCGACGGUGCCCGAGACUGUGCAGUCACGGUAGAAUUGCCGGUGAGAGUGAACGUAUAACGUGUCUUGGUGCCCGUCGAUUUGACAGCUGUGGAAUACGGCGUAAUCAGCCGAGACUCUUAACGCCACCGCUUGUCCUCCUUCUGGUCCAGCUGUGUUCUCGAUUCCGAUGUUCUUCGCUGUGAAGUGGUCGCCUUCGAUUGCUGCGAAACAAUAAUUUGGUAAUGUUUAGAAUCUCUCUUUGUGGACUUUUAGAGUUUGGAGAUUGAAACUCACUGAUUGUGGCUGUUAGGAAGGUCUUGACCUUGCCGAUACCGAAAUUGAGACUACCGGUGAUUAGAGUCUUGUUUGGCCCAUCGCCGAUGAAAGUUACGUGAGGCAUUUUCUUGGUGACCGUAACUUUCUCCUUGUAGAUACCUUCUUUGAUGUGAAUGAUGAAUGGCACUUUGUUGCCUUUAGGCACAGCAUUUAGAGCAUCGGUGAUAGUCUUGAACUGUCCAGUUCCGUCUUGAGCCACCACGGCAUUAGCCUUCACAGGUCCAGGUCCUCCUCCUUGAGCUGCCAUGAGCCGUCGUGCCUCUGGUCCAACCCAAGUUGGGAUACUAUCUUCUGUAGACAGAAGCUUUCUCGCGUACUUUGCUAAAGCUCCGGUUAGUCCUGGUUUGAAGCAUCACAUUACUGUCCAAUGAUUCUGACUGGUUGGUUAUGGAUUAGUUUGGAGAUCUCUUUAGUAAAUUGAAAAGAUACCUGUAAGGUUGGAGUUUGGGAUAAGAGUGGAGAUUCUAGUAACCAUGGCAAGGCUAUUGCUACUAAGCUCUCUUGAUGUUUUGAAGAUCUUGAGCAUGUCUUGCAUAAGAUUAGACUUAAUUUCCCCAAAGGAAUCCAUACAUGUUUGCUGGAAUGCGAUGGAGCCACUUAGCCAAACCCGUAGAUCCUCAACAAAGACCUCGAUCUGAUCAACCGAGAAUCCAUGAUCCAUACACUUCUUCAAGUCAUCGAUAGCAUCAAUCAUCAGCUUCUCACACAGCUCGAAAGCACCCUUUGCUUCUGGGUUCUUGUCAGCCUUGGCUUUGAUAUCUCCAGAGGCCUUUUCCAGGCUUUCGUUGAUGGAUUUGAUAGUGACCUUGAAGCCGAGUUUGAUGAGGUCGACAGGGUCAUCGGAAUCGGGAGAAGCACCCAUUAAGCUGUUAACACAAGUGUCUUUGAAGUCAGUGGGUGCACAAACUGCUUGAACCGCUUUGGUGGUUUUUCUGAUAUGAUUUUCAUCGUCUUUGGGAGAGUGUUUAGACGUUACAACGGCUACAGAGACAACCAUGAUGACUAGAAAACCGGAGACACUACCGGCGACGAUGAAUUUCUUCUUCUUGUCACCAUCAGAACCCAUUUUUUCUGUUUCCUAUAUAUUCACAAAAAUUCUAAAGGUCGAAAAAGUUUCGUCCGAAAGAGGCAAAAUUCAAAUCGAAUUCUCGAAGAAGCUCAUCUGCAUUAAGUUUGAAAGAUCUCUUCGGAAGAAGUAAUAAUGUCUCUGACAUGCGUAAAUAUGUCGGAGGAUGUCUGGUUGACUUGCCUCACUCACGCAUUAUCCACCGAGACCGAAGAAAUCAUGGGUCUCCUUCUCGGCGACAUCGAGUACUCAAAGAACGGCGAAAGUGCCACAGCUAUGAUCUGGGGAGCAUCGCCUCAGCCACGAUCUGAUCGGCAGAAGGAUCGAGUUGAAACCAAUCCUGAACAAUUGGCUGCUGCUUCUGCUCAGGCUGAUAGAAUGACGAUAUCAACGGGCAGAACUACACGGGUCAUUGGAUGGUACCACUCCCAUCCUCAUAUUACCGUUCUUCCUUCCCAUGUCGAUGUUCGGACACAAGCUAUGUAUCAGCUUUUAGAUUCUGGUUUUAUUGGCCUCAUAUUUUCCUGUUUUAGUGAAGAUGCUAACAAGGUUGGUAGAAUCCAAGUUAUCGCUUUCCAGUCUUCUGAUGGAAAGCCGAAUAGUAUUCCUAAAUCAAUGAGCCUGGUUCUUGCUAAUAAAGAUUCUGUCAUCGAUAUAGAAUCUUCAUCUAGUUCUUCGGACUCGAUAUACCAGCGAUCCUCUUCUUCUAAGCCCGAGCUAGACACAAUUGAUACUGCUACAACUUCCGGAUCUAAGGGUGGAGGACGGGUUUCAGAUUUUGGGCCUUUCUUUACAAACAAUAUUGAGGCCAAUAUCACCGGCAGAGAUGAAACUCACAAAUCAGGCAAUCUCAGCAGCACAACUAUAGGAAUUGACUCGAUGGACAUGUCUGAAAGUAUGCAAGAGGCAAUGCUCCGUUCAAAUUUAGAUACCAGUGGUGCGGGGUAUGUUAGAAAAGAAGUCCCACUUCAUGUUUUGCCAACUUCAUCCCUUCUUCCAGUCAAUUCACCUUUAGCAUCUUUUAAAAGCCUGCAACGAGUACUGUACGAGGAGGAACGAGCAGCGUACUACCAAUCAGUGCAGCAAAACAUGAGAGAUGGGCGAGUUCAUCCUCUUGCUUUCAUUCACAACACAUCAACAUAUCAAGCCUCCAUGUGCAAGUUGAUCGAAUACUGCUUGAGUCCUGCCAUUAACGCACUUCAAGAUAGGCAGAAGGAGAACAAGAUCCGGUUAGCAAUGCUGAUGGAUGAAGCUGAGGUUUUGGAGGCACAAAAACUUAAAGGAGCAGAGACAAGCCGGAGACCAUCUCAUCUGGUUCACGGUUCUGGCAGCCGAAGCAGAAGAGGAUCGUAGAAAGACCUGCAACUAAAGACACAUGCCCGUCUUCUUUGUGUAUAUUUCUAUUUGGACAUUUGUUUUCUUACAUUGUAUUAUUUUGACCAGACUCCAUCGCUUUGUUGUUGUUUAGAAUCUGAUCCACUUUUGGAAGAACCAAAAAAGAAGAAUGAGAAGAACAUUAUUUUUGUGACUUUA